AUGCAAGAGGAGGGACGAUUAUCUAAUAAUUUGUGUCGAUAUAUUUUCGAAGAUCCAAAACUAAAUCAUUUAUCGUCCUUUUUGUCUAAAAAUCCAACGAGAUAUGAGAAACAGUUCAGUCAUGACAAUACAUCCAGGAAGCAUCAAAUUAACAAGGAAAUAUCCAGUGGAGGUGAUGCCGAUCGCUCCACAUACGAUAAUUAUUUAUUACAAAAUGCUUAUAAUGACAUAUCUAAAUUUAGUUUGGAGGCGGCUUAUGUUCCUAGGCGAAAGCACGAUUAUCAUCAAAUAGACAUUGCACACGAUCCGUUGUGUAAAUGCCAACACAUUUCUGCUGACAUGUCUAAAAGCACACAAAAGAAAUCGGAAAAUAGACGUCAAAUACAUGAAACAGAAUCGUUAAUGGAAAGAAUUUGCAAUCGUUCUGAGGGAAGUGAAAAGAGUCAAAGGUCAUCUAAAACUGUUAUUAGUCGCAGAAGUUCGCAGGAUCUUAGACAAAGGGUAAGGUCACAAUGUAAGCUAGCUGAAGAGGUAUCAAAGUUAUUAGAGACCACACAAGUUGCUCCCGUUUACACAAACUGCGAUGAAAAUAAAGAAUCUAUCAACAUUCCUCAGAAAUCGAUAGAAUGCGAACAUUGUACACAUAUUGAUAAUAAUGAUGUCCAGACAGACAUCCAGUCUCAACAAAAGGACGUCAUGACCGAAAUAGGUAGACACGAUUUUACUGAAAGUUCGGCGCAGGACAAAUUAACCAUUACAGCUGAUGAAAUUGUCUCCUCGAAAGUAAUUAAUCCCAUGAUACGAAAACUACAACGUAUGAGAUUGAACAAUUUACGGGAGGAAAUGUCUUUAAUGGAAGAUUUGGAACGACUGCCACACAAAGUCAACGAAGUGUAUAAGGCAUCAGUGUCCCUGCCAGACAAGUAA